AUGGGUCUCUGCCAACAUGGACUUGUAUCCAAAGCGCCGUACCUGAUCCGGCCACGAGCGACAGCCCCUGGUGUCCGAUCUCCGCUGCGCCGAGUGCGACAGCCACGCCGAUACCAGUCUUCUGACUCCGCGCCGCCCAAAUCGUUUGUGGAGAGCAAAGCCGUCGAAGAGGGAUCGUCGACUGUGAAUACUUCUGCCUCCGCGAAUCCUCAGCCAGCCGCUCCGUCUUCCUCACCGCAAUCGCCAUCGGCCGCAGCUUCGGCUUCGUCCCCCGCCGGGCCAUGCAAUACUCUCGCCGCAGCCGCCGGGGCAGCGACCACGUCUGCGGCUACUAGAUCUGUGACGCGAUCUCGGGCGCUGGGCGAGGUCAUCAAGGCCGGCCCUGUCGGGCGAUUGGGGAGAUGGUAUACCCGGGUGCAGGACAAGAGGCCGUACGUGACACAAGUGUGCAGCUCGAUCAUUAUCUACUUCUGUGGUGAUUUGAGCGCGCAGAUGCUGUUUUCGGAGAAUAGCGACGACUCCAAGGCACCCGCACAGUCGAAGGACGAGGAAGCGCAGGAGGAGACGGACCAUACCUCGGGAUAUGAUCCGUGGAGAACGGUGCGCCACUUGAUCGUGGGAUCCGGAUCGAGUAUCCCGACGUACAAUUGGUUCAUGUUCCUCCACAACAACUUCAACUACGCGUCGCGGUUCCGCUCCAUCCUGACCAAGGUCGUUGUGCAGCAGAUGUGCUUUACUCCGGUCUUCAACACAUACUUCUUUAGCAUGCAUUCCCUCCUUGCGGGCGCCUCUUUGGAAGAAACCUGGGAGCGGGUUAAGAAGGCUCUCCCUGUCAGUAUCACCAACAGCGUCAAGCUGUGGCCUGCUGUUACUGCUUUCAGCUUCAUGUAUGUGCCGCCGCAGUUCCGGAAUGUCUUCUCCGGCUGUAUUGCCGUCUGCUGGCAGACGUAUCUGUGUUGGCUGAACCAGAAGGCUGCGGGCGAGGUCCAGGCUGCGGAGCUUGCGGCGCAGAAUCAAGUCUCGAGCGCGUCGCAUGUUGCGCCCAGUGGCAGUCUGAUUCCUGCAGCAGGCACUGCAUGA